UGAAGCAAUGGACAACGCUCAACUAUCCCGCAAAAGGCUUCUGAUGCUAGGCUGUGACGGGCCCAAUGUGAAUAAAGCGGUUACAAGAUUGAUGAACGAUUCUUUAAUUCUGUUAGGCAGACGGAAAUUAGCUGAUAUAGGAACAUGUAACAUUCACACUGUACACAAUGCCUUUCUUAAGGCUUUGAUGGAGUUUGGUGAAAGCGUAUCUGACUUUAUAUUUCAAAUUCACAACUUUUUCGAUGGUUGGCCUGCUCGCUGGGAAGAAUAUGAAAUUAUUCAAGACAAGUUAAAUUUGCCAAACCAUCGCUUCAUUAAGCACGUUUCUUCACGUUGGCUCACUAUGGGGCCUGCUGCUGAACGCGUUUUAGAGCAAUGGCCUGCAAUAAUUGAGUAUUUCACUAAACAUCUACCUAAAAAACAGACUAAUACAUCCCAAAACUUUAAAAACAUCUAUAACUUCAUCAAUCAAAAGCUAGCAAAAGCAGAAAUAAUGUUUGUAGUGUCCAGUGUAAAGAUGUUCGUGAAAGUCACUGGUUUCUUCCAGCGUGAAGAGCCAUUGGUUCACAUGAUUCAUGAAGAAUUAAAGAAACUCGUGAGAACCAUUUUUAAUCGGUUUUGUGUAAAAAGCGCGCCUACGUCAGUUGAAGGUCUAAAUGAAAAAUAUUACGUUCCUCUUCAAGAUAUUGUGCUAGAAGAUUCAAUCAGAGAAUUAUUGGAGACCGCUCAAGAACGUGAUAGAGUAACAUUUUUACACAAAGUAAAAAAUCAUUACGUCGCCGCUUGCAAACAUCUGCUAACAAAAACGUCAAUGGAUUAUUCUUUAAUAAAAUACUUGGCAAUAUUGAACCCUAAAAAACAAAAUUCAGAAACGUGUCAUAAAGACUUUUUAAAAAUUGCAAACACUUUGCCGGUUGCGUUUGAAGAAACGGCACUAACAAACGAAUGUCUUUUGUUGAUGCAACAUCAAAAAGGAAAUCAAGAAGAACAAAGGAUUGAAACUUACUGGGGCAAUAUUUUUAAAAGGACCUUUGAUAACGGAGAAAAAAUGUUCCCCAACCUGGAGCACAUUGUAAAGGCCGCAUUAGCACUGUCGCAUGGCAAUGCAGAUGUGGAAAGGGGCUUUUCAUGUUCGGGUAGAAUUUUAACACCAGAAAGGGCUAACAUGUGUCAGAGGACCCUUGAUGCGCAUUUGACAGUUAAAUCGGCACUAAAAAACAUGUACGAAAACAAGAUUCAUUUAGUCCCUUUAACACCUGAAUUGAUGAAAUUAGCCAGAACGGCAUAUAUAAGAUAUAAAACAUAUUGUGAAGAACAGAAGCAAAAAGAAGAAAUAAAGAAGCUCGAAAAGAAAAGAAAUGAGGAACUUGAUAGAGAAAAAAAAGAACUUAAGAGAAAGUACGAAGAAACUAAGACGAUUAUUGAAGAAGGUGAGACAACGCUAAAAAAAAUAAGAGAAGAAGAAAAAAUUAAGAGGGAGACAAUUGACAGAUUAAUUAAAAAUGCAAAUGCCAUGUUGAAGGGCGGAAUCAAAGAAAAAGACAUGGUUUCCGUAAAUAUGGCAAAAUCUCUGCUAGAAACUGUAGUAAAGGAGAGAAAAGAAGAAGAAGAACAAAUACAAGAGGAAGAAAAAAUACAAAAAAUUGUAGAUAAGAAGAAAAAAGCACUUAUAACAAACUUCUUUAAGAAAACUUAAUUUUAAAUGUUAUGUUUAUUUUAAUGGAACUUCUCUGUACUUUUUUUCUUUCUCAUAGUCAUUUGAUUUUAGUGUUCACUAUAUGUAUAAUUUUGCACGAAUGCGCAUGACUCACUUGUAAUACAAUAACAAUUACUAACAAUAAAAAAAGCUUUUUAACACAAUAAAAAGGCGGUGCUGGUUGGCUAUGGGGAUGGUGGAGGCCAAUAACUGAAAAUAAGCUUUUUAUUUCACACCAUUCACCCGAAAAACGGUUUGGAAAUGGUCAGUAUUUGGUCAGUAUUUUUGAAUUUUUGGUCAGUAAAAUCAGUAUUUUCGACCAUAGAACUUGUUUCGGCCCCUGAAAAUGUCUAGAAUCAUUACAGAAACCGGGAUUUUCAGAAUCUUGUUUUAUAAAAAGAAUAAAAUAUUAUACAGUUUUUACUCUCUCUUGUAAACUACGCCAAAAUGGAUUUGGCAGGUUAGCGAAUUAGGCCGACGAUAUA